AUGGCCAAAGACACCCUUCCGUGGCUUCUGCUGGCCGCUCUGGCAUCCGCCGCGUCCUCAAGUAUCGGAACCAUGUCCCUUCACUAUCGCAGCGAGGUCCUGCAGACACUGCGGGCCCCAGGCCGCGGCGCCUUCAAGCGCGCCACCUCGGCCAUGCUGAUGGUCGAGCUCGUGGCCACCGCCGCCAAGGCCCUCGAGACGCAGCUGCGCGCCCGCAGCAUGGUGCUCAUGUCGAGGUCCCUCCAGGUGCGCAUGUUCGAAGCGCUCUUGCGGAUGUCCAAGGACAUGACGUGGUGGGCCAACCAGAAGGAGCAGUGGAGGCUCGUCAUGGACGUCUGGAGCAUACCAGACCAGCUCGAAUCGGCCCUGACGACUCCUCUCACACUGAUCAACCGCAUCUCGUCCAUCUGCGUCCAGGCCGCACUGGUGCGGCAGAACAGCAGCAGCAUGCUGCGGGCCAUGGUGGCGCUCCACUGGGCUCGUUUCCUCGCGAAGAAAGCCCUGGGCUGGAUGCAGGAGCGGCUGAUACGCAGGGCCACCAGCGGCAUUGUCAUGCCUUCCGAGGACAAGUUUACGUGGCCUUACGCGCUCCAGGCCGAGAACAUCCAGAUGUACCAGAGUUUCGCCCGUGGGCCAAAGGAGGCCCUCUGCCUGGGCAGGUUCCUGCACGCUCUCAACAGGACCCGAACAAUAGUCGGGUCGAUCAGUGCACUCUCUGACCCGCUGCACUCGCUGGUGACGCACGGGGGCAGCAUCGCCGAGUUCGCCAGCAUGGGGCAGCUGAUCCAGGAGGGCAGCGUCGACAUCACGCAGGCGGAGACCCUGAUGCACUAUGCGACUGAUACGGCCUCAGAGAUGGAAGGCACUUAUCAAGAUGUCAGGUGCGCCCAGGACAAAUUAGUGCCCCUUGCAAAAGCGUACGACUACAUCAAGAUACCUCCCAAGAUUCCCUUGGACGUGGGGCUCGAGCCUGGGAAGCGUGCGGCGGGUCACUUCGUCUUCAAGGACGUUUGCUUCAGAUAUCCUGGCAAGAAGGCCGAGCUGCUCAAGGGCGUCUCUUUCGAGGUCAAGCCUGGCCAGACGGUGGGCAUUACUGGGAGCUCGGGGUGCGGCAAGAGCACGUGCCUGCGCCUGGUGGAGCGCUUCUACGACGUCACGGGGGGGCAGAUCUUGCUGGAUGGCCGCGACGUCCGCGACUACAAGCCGCAGUGGCUGCGCUCGCAGAUCGUCGCGGUGGCGCAGGAGCCCAAGCUGCUUCCCGUCGCGAUCCGGGAAAAUCUGGCCUUCGGCUGCGACCACGACCCCACGCUGGAGGAGAUCGAGAGGGCCUGCCGUGCGGCGAACAUCUGGGACGCCCUGCAGGACCCGCAGAAGUUCCCCAACGGCCUGGAGAUCGGGGGCCGGCGCAGAAAGUGUCCACCGGCAGCGAUCCAGGGGCAGUCAUAG